AUGGAUAAAAGAGAUGAAGAGAUAAAGGAGGAAGAAGAGGGUAAGAAAGAAAAAAAGGGAUAUUUGUUCUACCCUCCGGGGUUUUCGUACCUUUUCCUGCCCGGUCAUUUCAAGAAAGCACUGCCCACCUCUCUUCUGUCGCUUCGAUGUACAUAA